AUGGCAGCAGUUAUGAUGGUAAGCACACACAAAGAGGAGCAGAAGCACAAGGCCAUGAGAGGAGAGGUUGUGGAACACAUCACCAAGCACCCUCCAAACAGGUGGGCCCUAUGGUUCUUCAAAAAUGACAAGAGCAAGACCUGGCAGGACAACUUGUGGCUUGUCACCAAAUUUGAUACUAUAGAAGACUUUUGGGCGCUGUAUAGCCAUAUCCAGUUGGCCAGCAAAUUGACUUCUGGCUGUGACUACUCCCUUUUCAAGGAUGGUAUUGAACCUAUGUGGGAAGAUAACUGGAACAAACGUGGUGGUCGUUGGCUUAUCACAUUAGCCAAACAGCAGCAGCAUACAGAGCUUGACCGAUUCUGGUUGGAGACUUUGCUGUGUCUGAUUGGAGAAAUGUUCAGUGACUACAGCAAUGAUGUCUGUGGGGCAGUCAUCAAUAUACGCACCAAAGGAGACAAGAUUGCUAUCUGGACCCGGGAGGCAGAGAAUCGGGAUGCAGUCAUACAUAUUGGGCGUAUAUACAAGGAGCUUCUGAGCUUAUCUUCAAAAGUGGUGUUUGGUUACCAGGCCAAUGCGGACACAGCCACCAAGAGUGGGUCCCUCAUGAAGAACAAGUUUGUAGUGUGA